CUCCGCCGGAAGCCCAGUCUUCCUCUCUUAGGGCUGGGUUCUGGCUGCAUGUGUAUCUACGUCAAUAUCAGUGGAAGUGUGCAUCUAGUCACAUUAACUGGACGUAUACAUUUUACUGGACAGGAAGCACCUGUAAGAGUUUUUUUUAAAUAUUUCAAACUUUGCCGGAAGCCGGAAACAGCAGAGCUCCGCGCGGGAAGAGGCCGGAAGUGUAGGAGUCCUUAGAUGGGUCUGAGCGCCGUCAGAACUGUUUAGAACCAGGCUAAAAGAGUAGGUUAAAAUCGAUUUAGACCUAGACAGCAGGACCAGAUCAGAACCAGGUUGGGUCCAGGAUGAAGAUCUACUUCUGCGGCAGUAUCCGCGGCGGCAGAUCGGACCUGCAGCUCUACCAGAGGAUCGUGCACGAGCUGCACAAAUACGGGAGCGUGCUUACCGAGCACGUGGGCAGCGCCGAGCUCAGCGACACAGGAGAGGAGGGGACAACUGGGGGCGACAGAGACAUCCAUGACCGGGACGUGGACUGGCUGCAGCAGUCUGAUGUGGUGGUUGCCGAGGUGACACAGCCGUCUUUAGGCGUUGGCUACGAGUUGGGCCGAGCUGUGGACAUGAAAAAGAAAAAGAUGCUGUGUCUGUUCCGACCGUCGUCAGGACGCACGCUGUCGGCCAUGAUCCGAGGAGCGGCGGACAGAGAGCGCUUCCUGGUCCGGGAUUACAUUGAAGAUGAGCUGGAAAAGAUUCUGGAAGAAUUCUUCUGCAGCCUGAAGUGAAUCUGAAGAACAACCAAUCAGCGGGCGGUUAGGACUCACGAGAUGUCGUUACCUGGUGACAGAGCCACACCUGGCUGGACAGGAUAUGCUUUUAUUGUGAAGGGCUGUAGGAAACUUCAGCUGAAUGUUUCAUCCAAUAAAAAAAUUAGUUCUGA